AUGCAACAACCUAUUACUUCUUUUUUCCCAUCUCAAUCCACCAAAGGUCCAAAAAUAGUUAACGGUGAUAAAACUAAUGAUGGUAAGUUCAUGGGUUCGUUUGCCGAAAUAGAGUUCGAUCCUGAAGAGGAGAACAUUCCUAAUCACAUGCUGAUGUCUGGGAAGCAAUUUAAGAUUUUGAAUAGGAAACUAAAUUCAUUGCUACAAUUCCAAGUUGAUGCAGGGGAUAAACAUUCAAUAUCUAGAAUAGAAGUGGAUGUGAUGUUGAAAGCUCAAGAGCAUUGUAUUCAAAUAAACUUGAUCAGAUAG